AUGGGGAGAAUUAAGAAGGUAGCCAGCCAAAAGCAUGAGGCUACAAUCUCACCUUUUUUGCGAGAGUUUAUCGUACAGGCCACGAGUAUCCCCAUUCCAGAGCUCCCGUCACUUCUUAGCACAUUCCCGAAACUAUGGCCAUUCCCACGUGGUGAUCUCUAUCAUUGGAUCAAUGUUCUGGACCGGUUCGACGAGAUUCUGGCAUCGGCUGUUGAGAAAUACUUCCUGAACACUGGACCGCAGACUCAAUCGUUUACCCGAGGUGUAUUGGAGGACUCAUACUCGGCUGAUGAGAGCAAGAAGCCUACAGAGGGUGUUGAUGCCAAGCUGAAUGCUCUGGGAUAUGGCCCUGAUGGAGAUAGAGAGCUUGUGGAAGGAAUCCUUGAUUUUUCUCGUCUAUUGCUCGAAAAAUGUGGAAAUCGCAGCUUGUACAGCAGCAGUGAUCGCCUGGGCGACCUGUUGAACACCACCUCACUGUCUCUCCUCCAGUCCACCUUACGGCUGUCUCUCUGCUUGGCUCAACGGUACCACUCCCGCCAACGCGGCGCCCAUCAACAGUCCGUAUUGCAAUCCCACUAUGCUCUUGAUCUCGAGAAGUUGCAGAAGAUCGCAGCACCUUUCCCUCGUCCUGUCAUUGCCAGUAAAACGCCGUUUGCCACGUCCCCUGCUGUUUCAACCAAAGGGAAGGAAAAGGCAGCCCAGACCAAAAUCAAUGCCAAUGAGCUGGUUUCCCUUGUGCGUGAUAGUGAUGGCUGGGAAGAAUGGGGCGGUGUUCGCAUUCUCUACUACCCCUCAGGCUCUGAACAGGCAAGAACCACAUCCGAAUUUGGACAAACCGAACCAGGCUCGCACGUUCCAACCACGCCAACUCCCCUGCGACGCAGUGCAACACAUCCCACUCCUCAUCUGAGUCGAGGUGUAGAUGAAACCCCAGGCUCCGCCGGCGGGAAAGCUGAAGAGACUGCGCGUGGAGGCAAAGUCCUGGAACUUUCCCAUUCGAAAGUUUCUGCUGCAAACCUGGAAGAUCUUCUUGUGGCUAACCUGCCUCAGUUGCCCCUGGAAUCAAAAUAUGAGUUGCUUCACAAAGCUCGAGUUGCAAAGGCAUUGACAACAUCGCGUGCUACGCGGGAACAGAUUCUUUCCAUCAGAGCGCUGGCAGUGACCAACUUGGCCCAUGUCCAGCCCGAGAGUGCCUUCCAACAAAAGGUUCUUCAGUCUGAUCUGGAGCAACCUAAGCGCCUUCAGCUCUCCUAUCAGCUUGCUGAACUAGUUCACCUGGGAGCCAGCGGGGAUCUCGAAGUCUCGCGAUACGUCCAAACAUUGGCGAUCCAGGCGCUGGAUGCACUGGCCAAGCAUAAGGCCCGUGCUGUUGAUGUUUGUGCAGCUUUGAGCGUCAAUGUCAAUCACGGAGUCCUGAUGUUUUUGACCCGUAAGAUGGUCAAUGAACUGAGCCCCGAAAACAAUGAUCCGGAUGAUGCUUACCACGAUGAGUGGCGGGACGCUCUACUUGCACUUCUGCGCACCCUCCCGAGCUCAAGCACGCGCACACCAGAGACCCUGGUCGCAGCUGGUUUGAUCCCCAUGUUUGUUGACGUUCUGAAUUUGCGGACAGAAAAAUCCCGCCGAGUCUAUUCUCGCAUUAUGGAGUUCCUUGAUACCUUCGUGCAUGCAGUUCGGGAUGCACUGGGCACAUUGACAACCGCAAAGGGCUUUGACGCGAUGUCUGAUUUGAUUGACUAUGAGACCAAGACUGCUUUUGGGAAGGUCAACCGCGGAGAUGGAUUCCCUGUUCAAUACAAGAAUCCAUCAGUUGAUUAUCAAAUCCCUUACUUCCAACAGCAGACCCUCCGCUGGAUGUUCCGUUUCGUCAAUCACAUUAUGCAACACGCCAGUGGUGGCUUUGAUCGUGUGCUACGAAACCUAAUUGAUUCACCUCAGCUGUUGACUUCUCUCCGUCUUGUGUUCGAGAAUGCUCGCAUAUUCGGUUCGCAUGUGUGGAGCAAUGCCGUCAACAUUCUCAGCAGCUUCAUUCACAAUGAGCCCACUAGCUAUGCUGUUAUUGCUGAAGCUGGUCUCAGUAAAAGCCUUCUUGCCGCUGUCAUGGGCCGUGAGCUCCAGGUUAUGGAGAAGCCGCCGGCGGUGGAGCCCGAAGACCGCGUAUCCGAGGACGAAACUGCAACCCAGCCGCCCAGCGCUGAAGCCGCUAUCCAGUCCGAGGGAAAGAAUAAAGAUCGCGAGUACGCUAUUGUUAGACCUCAGGGCACUCCCCUUGCACCUGGCAUUAUGCCCGCAGCUGAUGCUCUUGCUUGUAUUCCUGGUGCUUUUGGGGCCAUUUGCUUGAACUCCUCCGGCCUGGAUCUCUUCCAGUCCUCCGAUGCACUGGAAAGUUUCUUCGAAAUCUUUGAGAACCCUGAUCAUGUCAAGUGUCUGAAGGAUGACCCGGAAUUGGUUCGUUCAUUGGGCACGACAUUUGAUGAGCUUGUUCGACAUCACCCUGCCUUGAAAACUUCUAUCAUGUCUGCAGUUCUCGUAAUGGCUGCUCGUGUUAACAUGCUGGGUCGAGUUAAGGCCUGGGAACAAGGUAUGGGCACCAAGCUGUGGGCUCAAGAUUCCGACGGUAAAACAGUUAUCUCGGGUGAUAUCUUCUCGCUGUUCCGAGACAUCGGCACAGCAGUCGAUGCAUCCGUAGAAGACCCCGCAUCGUUUGUCGUUGGGCAUCUAGAUCAUGUUCUUCCUUCGCCGGGCCCCGACUUUGAGCCUAAAGAUAAGGACGAGCAUGGACUCACAGCUACGGACUAUCUGUUCCCAGCUCUUCGAUUCCUGGGUGCUUUCUUUGAGAACCAGACAAAUUGCACAUCCUUCGUUCUGGCCGGGGGCGCUGAGUUCCUGUUGGAUCUCGCAACUCUUCAAAGCUUAGCAUUCGAUUUCCACGGAACCAACGCCAAUCAGGAGGUCACUGUGCUUAUCCACAUGCUUGCGGAAUCGAAGCCUCAUCUUGUGGUGCCCUCUCUCGUCCGACGUGCCCAAACAGCAGUGGACAAUCUUUCGGCCUUUUGGACUGCGCCCACUGGAUCGGGAUUCUUCACGGAAUUGAUACAGCCGACAGAUUCGAAAAAGCCAGCUCUCGAAGCUACCACUGCUGCCAAAUCUGGCACAUUCUUUGUCAGGCACCUGAACGCUGUCCUUCUUCUGACCGACGUCCUUCGUGAGGUUUUCGCUUUGCCAUUGUACCAAGCCCGUCCCGGCCAGUCCACCUCCAUUUUUGGCCAAGCUAACCUUGCGGAUCACUACUGUACCUUGAUUUCUUCAUUGACCAACCUUGUUGCUUCUUGUGUAUGGGAAGGUAUCUUGCUGGAGAAGAAUAUCCCCGAGAAGUGGCUUGAAGCCACACAGGCCUCGGCUGAAAAGCAUGGGUCUGGAAAGUCGAAGGGUGCUUCGGCUUCUGGCACCUCUCAGGAGCCUCCAGCAACUUCUGGCGCCGUACCUCAACCGGAAGGCUCUGGUGCAUCAGAUCCUGUUCAGGCUCAGCCAGCCCAGGACUCGAAGGAUGAUAGUGAAGUGGAUGAAACCUGUCCAGCUUUCCAGAAUGCGCGUACGCUUCGCUAUCUUUUAAGUGCUUUGCCAACCUCGAUUACGGGAUUCUUGCACAAUCUCGGACUCGGAAUGAUAGGCAAGAGACGCGGGGAUCCGCUCCAGAAGCAAAGACAGAACGCUAGCCUGGUCUCAGAUGCUAUCGCUGAAGGUAUUCUUCGCCAGCUGCAGUUCAACCCUGCCAAUUCAAGUGAUAGCCACAAGCACCGCUUUGCAUAUCUUAUUGUCAUUCUCUCCCAUUUCUCGCACCUUCUCUAUGAAGUUUCAACCGAACGUCCUACCCCGAACUACCUGACUGCGGUUCUCGUUGCAUUCAAGAAGAACAACGGCCUCAAGGUGUUGAAAGACAUUUGUGAAGUUUUCUUGAACGACAUCAAGUCCCUUCCCUCGGCAGAGUCCAUUCCUGACCAGGACAAAGAGCUUGCCGAUCGACUUGCAUCGGGCUAUGGUGGAAUUAAGAUCAUUCUUGGGUUAUUUGCAGACCUUACCGCUGGAAAAUUCAUCGUGGAUUCGAGUCAGACGCAAGCCUUGACUACUCACGAACGGGACCGGGAACGUUCCGAUUACUUCCAGCCAGGUCAAUUUUUGGUAGAGCUCCGCAUGGAGAUUCUGCCCAUGGCCCAAGACAUGUGGAACUCGGACUUUGCGACCCAGUCGUCGAGUCCAAUCGUCAGAUUGUUAAUUGACAUCAUGCGGUCCUCCUUGGAUGGCGAAUAUGAGACUGGCGCAGCCCGUAAAGCAGAUAAACCUCCUGUCUUGAUUGAUACUCCUAAAAAGCCAUUCGUCGUCCACACUGAACGAGCAGCCGCUUUGUUAGACAAGGGAUAUACAGAUAUUGAUCUUAACAAAGAAGCCCUGUACCGUUGCAAUAAUCUUUUGGUCGCGGCCGAAGAAUAUUGCCAGGCGCAGCAGUGGCUACGGGCUCCCCCAAGAGUUCCUCCGGGUCCCAAUGAUAUCCAAACUGGGGUCCCCGAGCCUGCUUCUGGAAUUGACUCCCUCGACGACCCACUUAUUGGGGAGGUUCAGGCUUUCGAUCACAGCAGUGGGCUCAUAGACCGCUCUGCACUACAAAUGCUCCUGGCCCAAGCGGGCAGACGCUCAAUGGCCGAUAUAAUGCCACCCCCUUCAGCACCCGGGGGCGAUGGCGAUGCUGAUAUGCACGAUGGGCUGGCUAGAGCUUUGGACAGUGUUCUUAACGAUAAUGAUGGCAUGGAUAACAAUGGCCGAAGCGAGUCAUCGAAUCAGAGCCAGCCUGAUGGUCGCAAUAACGGGGACAACUCCUCUGAACCUUCUGCACCAUCGCAGGGGGACCCAGUCAAACAUCGUCAUAUGGUUACAAUCGAGGACCUGGAUGCAGAGAGGCAAAAGGUUCGCGCGAACCUGAUCGAUCGGGCUCUGGACAUCCUGAACGAACACCAUGACGUCUCUUUCGAGCUGUCUGACUUGAUCACUUCGGCGAUCAAGAAGCAUAGCGAGCCUGAGAACUUCCGUCGAGACAUCGGAGAGACCCUUGUUCAAUCGUUGGUCUCUCUGCAGAUGGAGAACUUCCAGACAGCCGGCAAAAAGAUCGCGGCUUAUGCCCAUAUUCUCGCCUUGACCCUCCAAGAUCAGGACAUGUACCUUGCUACCCUUGAAGAGCUUAAAGAUUGCUUCGUAACUUUCCUUGGAUUCAUCAAGCUUCCGACGCCUGAGAAGGUUGAACAAGAAACUUUCCCUUGGGUUGGGCACGUCCUGCUUAUUCUCGAGAAGAUGUUAUCCGAUGACUGUCAGCCUCCAAAAAUAUCCUGGAAUCCGCCAAGUCCUGAGGAUCCCACUCCUAGUAGCAACGAACCGGCCUCCCUUGAAGAACCUCUCAUAUACAUCGAUGAGAAGGCCCAGCUUUUCGACGCCCUUGUCGAGAUUCUACCCAGAGUGGGCAAGGAUGAUACACUCGCCCUCUCCAUUUGUCGUGUAUUGGUGAUUCUCACACGCGAGCGCUGUAUUGCCACCCGCUUUGGUGAAAAGCGAAACCUCCAACGUUUGUUCGUGAUGGUUAAACAGCUUUCCAGUUCCACGAAUGAUAAGCUUCAAAGCGCAUUCAUGUUGAUCCUACGUCACAUCGUUGAGGACGAAGCUACCAUCAGGCAGAUCAUGAGGAGCGAGAUUGUUGCCAACUUUGAGUCCAAGAACAAUCGCCAGAUUGACAUCAAUAGCUAUUUACGACAGAUGCAUCACCUCGUGCUGAGAGCUCCCGAUAUUUUUGUGGAGGUUACAAAUGAUAAGCUACGCUUUGUCCGAUAUGACUAUGACAAUCCCCAACGUCUGCACGCUCUUGGAUUGAAGGCUGACAAAGAUCGUCAACAAAAGCGAGGACGACUCGCUGCCCCUCCUGAUGAAAACAAGCCAGAACCAUCCACUGCAGAUGACGCAUCUGCACCCGAAGACAAGGACAAGAAUAAGGAGGACAAGAACAAGAUUCAAGCUAAGGGUGCCGAGCUUAAGGCUCCAGUUGUGGAGAACCCGGAUGGUGUCAUUCACUACCUACUCUCGGAACUUCUUUCCUACAAGGAUGUUGACGACAAGGAGUCUGGCCCCGAUUUUUCGGAGCAGACAGCGGAUCAAUCUGAUACUCAAACCGAUGUCGAGAUGGCUGUGGAUGAGCCUAGUCCUUCGGUUUCGAGCACUGCGGAUGCCCAGGCAUCUCGCGGUUCCAAGAAGGCAGAGAAGCCCCCAUUCAAAGCAGACGAGCACCCGAUUUACAUAUACCGCUGUCUGCUCCUUCAGUGCUUGACUGAACUUCUCGCCUCUUACAAUCGAACCAAGGUUGAAUUCAUCAACUUCUCCCGCAAAGCCGAUCCCCUUGCGACCACUCCCUCUAAGCCCCGCUCCGGAGUUCUCAAUUACUUUUUGAAUGUGCUUGUUCCCCUCGGCACUAUGGAGCACGAUGAGACCUUGGCAUUCAAGAAACGCAGCAUGACGUCCACAUGGACUAUGCAAGUCCUCGUCGCCCUUUGCACCAAGACUGGCGAGUUCGGCGGCGUCGGUAGACGUCGCACUGAACCGAAGUAUGAAGAGGACGAGCCUGAACUCGCUUUUGUUCGGCGUUUUGUGCUGGAACAUGCUCUUCGGUCCUACAAGGAUGCUAUGACCUCUAAUGAGCCUCUAGAUUCCAAAUACUCCAAGCUCAUGUCUCUCGCCGAUCUUUUUGACAAAAUGCUUAGUGGAUACUCCUUCUCCAAUGAUGCCGGCUUCCCAACGUCAACUAGGCAGCUUGCUAAGACCAUGUUCGAAAAGAACUUCAUACCUGCGCUUACUGCUUCAGUGGCCGAUGUGGACUUGAACUUCCCAUCAUCCAAACGUGUCAUCAAGUACAUCCUUCGUCCGUUGAACAAACUUACCCAGACUGCUGUGCUCCUCAGCGAGAACUCGGACAUCACCAUUCAAGGUGACAACGAAGACGAUGAUAUCUCCUCGGCAACCUCCGUUUCUGACAUGGAAGAUGAACGCGAAGAAACGCCUGAUCUCUUCCGCCACUCUACUCUUGGUAUGCUAGAACCUCGCCAUGACGAAGAAGAAAGCAGCACCGAAGAAUCAGAAGGCGAAGACGAUGAGAUGUAUGAUGAUGAAUAUGAUGAGGAAAUGGACUACGAUGAGGACAUUGCUGAAGAUGAUGGCGAAGUCGUCAGCGAUGAGGACGAAGAUGGCAUGGGUCCAAUCGAAGGCCUUUCCGGCGACGCGGUCGAAGUUAUCCUCGACGAAGAUGAAGACGACGAUGAGGAUGACGACGACGAGGAACAUGAUCAUUCGGACAUGCAUGAUGAUAUGUAUGAUGGUGAAAUCGGUGGCGAUCGGGACAAUGAAAGCCUCGAAGAUGGCGGAGAGGAUGAUUGGGAGAGCGAAGAAAUGACUGAAGAUGAAGAGGAGGUCGAGAUGAUGAACCAGUUCGAAGAUGAAAUGGCCGACAUGAGACAAUCCACUCGACACCAGGGUGAAGACCAACGGAUUGGCGACCUGUUCCGUGCUCUCAAUGAGGCUACCGGACUUGAUGAUCUCCAUGGCGAUGGCCUAGGUGGUGACAUCCACGAAGAAAUCCUCGAUGAUCUAGACGAAGAUGUCGAGGAUGAAGACGAGAUGGAUGAACUCGACGAGGAUAUGGACGACUUCGAUGACGAACAAGGAUCUUAUGGAGAUAUGGAAGACGACGAUCUUCUUGAGCCAUGGGGAUGGGAAGGCGAUGAGCCUCCAAUGCCCCGAGCACACCAACCCCGCUUCCGCGGAGGCCCGCCACCCGCAUGGGCUACUGUGACUGAAAUCAUGCCAGGUCGCUCAGGUCUCGUUCCCAUCCAACCCUACCACCGUGUCCACCGAACUCAAAUGCAGCCCCGCGGUCACGACGAUGGUACCAAUCCUCUACUCACCCGGACUGGUCGCUCCGAUCCUAAUGUUCCACCCCGUGCGUCCGCUGCUGAUCCUUUCGCUGAUUGGGGCCAGUCCAUGGACACUGCAGGUGGCCGAGUUGUCGCAAUGGAUAGCCCCAUCAGCUUCAUGAAUGCCAUCAUGCAAGCCAUAGGCGGACAGGCGGCGCCAGGUUUCGGCGUUGUCACUCGCCCUGACGGUAUUCAUCUCCAUGUCGAUCGACGGGCUGUUUUACCCGGCCGCCUCCAGGACAUGCUUGGAAUCUCUCGAUUGCCAGGCCCUCCAGCUCGUACUCGCAGCGAUGAUCCGCAAACUGCUGUCAAGUUUGGUCUCGGAACCACCAGGAGCCGCUGGCAAGAGGAGGCCCGCAUUCUUUUCAGCAGCCAAUGUAUUGAGCGCACUCAGCGUGUCAUUGGUUCCAUUCUGAAGGCUUUGGUUCCCCUCGCUAUCGAGGAGGAGAAGCAGCGCCGGAAACAUGCGGAAGAGGAACGCAAACGCCUUCAAGCCGAACAAGCUGAGAAGGAGCGCCAAGAUCGCAUCGCUGCUGAAGAAAAGGAACGCCAGCGUAAGCAAAAGGAAGAGGAAGAAGCUGCCCGACUACAGGCAGAGAAAGAACAGCAGGAAGCCGAGCGCCGAGCUGCUGGGGCGGAUGAGCCUAUGGAAGAUGUUCAGGAAACCGGUACCACGGUCGAAACCGCUGGCCCAUCUACCCAAGCCGAAGCCCAGCCCACUGAGCCUGCUCGUCGGGUUCACACAAACAUCAGAGGCCGCCCACUUGAUAUCACCGGUCUGGAGAUUGACCCAGAAUAUCUAGAGGCUCUGCCCGAGGAACUUCGGGAGGAAGUCAUUAUGCAACAGCUUUCUGAACAACGUUCACAGGCUGCCGCUGCAGGUGAGGAGGAUACAGAGAUUAACCAAGAAUUCCUUGAGGCCUUGCCCGUCGAUAUCCGUGAAGAAUUGCUACAACAAGAAGCAGCCGAUCGACGCCGACGUGAACGCGAAACUGCACGUCGACAGGCAGCCACUGCAGGUGGAGCUGGCGCUGCUCCUUCUGCCACUCAACCAGCAGAAGAAAUGGACGCUCUCAGCUUCCUCGCUACUCUUGAUCCCUCUUUGCGACAAGCUGUCCUGGCUGAUCAACCCGAGGAUGUCCUUGCAACCUUGGGCCCAGAGUACUUGCCCGAAGCUCGCGGUAUGGGUGGUAGCGGCCGACGUAUGGCCCAGUUUGGUGACAUGGGAGCCCUUGACCACCGUCAGAGAAUUGAGCCUGCUGCAACCCAAGGGACGAAGAAAGAACAGAGACGUCAGAUUGUUCAAAUGCUCGACAAGGCUGGCGUUGCAACCCUUCUGCGCCUGAUGUUCAUGCCUCUUCAUGGGAACGCUCGACAUCAGCUAAACGAUAUCCUUCACAAUGUUUGCGAGAACCGUCAGAACCGGAGUGAGGUUAUCAGCCUUCUUCUCUCGGUUUUGCAGGAUGGCAGUGUCGAUUCCACUGCGAUCGAACGUAGUUUCUCGCAUCUCUCUCUGCGCGCCAAAGCACCAGGUACACAGAAAACACCACAGCCUAACAAGCGAAACCUCGCUCUCCAGACUGCUUCAAGCGUCAGCAGUGAAGUGACCCCACUUAUGGUCAUCCAACAAUGUCUCGCCACAUUGUCUUUCUUGUCGCAGUUCAAUCCUCACAUUGCCUGGUUCUUCCUCACGGAGCAUGAUUCUGCUUCAUCUGCCAAACUCAAGUCCUUGCGCAAGGGUAAGGGUAAAGAGAGCCGUGCUAACAAGUUCGCUCUAAAUGCCCUGCUUUCUCUUUUGGACCGCAAGUUGAUCAUGGAAAGCCCUAACUGCAUGGAGCAACUAUCUGCCCUCUUAAGCAGUAUCACACAGCCAUUGACUGUUCUCCUCCGCCGUGAGAAGGAGCGACAAGAAGAAGACAAGGGCAAGAAGCCUGAACGAGCUCAAAUAGAAGGACCUACUGAUCAAGCCCCCGAGGCUGCUGCUUCCAACGUGGACACAUCCAUGACUGAUGCUCCGCUGCCUACAGUGGAAACCCCUGGAGCCACUGGCCCAGAGACCACAGAGGGUGCGGAAACUACUUCAGCUGAAGCCAAGAAGCCUGAAGAUUCUAAGAAGCCAGCCGAGGAGGAGAAGCGCAAGAAGCGAACAAUCGAGCCUCCUGUUGUCCCAGAUCACAACUUCCGACUAGUUGUUCACAUCCUUGCGGCUCGUGAGUGCAAUGGCAAGACCUUCCGCGAUACCCUUUCCACCAUCAACAACCUUUCUGCUGUUCCUGGAGCCAGGGAUGUUAUCGGUAAUGAAUUGGUUGCUCAAGCUCAAGCCCUCAGCGAUACCAUCCUGGGUGAUUUGGAGGAUCUUCUUCCUCAUAUUCACCAAGCCAAGACUGGUACCGACAUGCAAGGGCUUGCUCUGGCCAAGUUCUCCCCAGCCAGUUCAGACCAAGCGAAAUUACUACGUAUCCUCACAGCACUCGAUUACCUGUUUGAUCCUACAAGAGUGGACAAGUCCAAGGGCUCUGAGCCCGAAUCUGCCCCCAAGGAGGAUGUGCUCAAGCGCCUCUAUGAGAGCGCCACGUUCGGUCCGUUGUGGACCAAGCUGAGCGAUUGCUUGGGCGUCAUUAAGUGGAAGAAGAACAUGCUUAACGUUGCUACUAUUCUCCUACCUUUGGUUGAGGCAUUGAUGGUUGUCUGCAAGAAUACCACGCUGAAGGAUCAGCCACUAUCUCGGGGCAGCCGUGAAUUGUCUGUCAACAGUGCCCCAUCUGAUACUGGUCUCAGUAUGGAGAAUAUCUUCUUUAAGUUCACCGAAGAACAUCGCAAGAUUCUCAAUGAGCUGGUCCGUCAGAACCCUCGCCUGAUGAGCGGUACUUUCUCUCUGCUGGUCAAGAAUCCCAAGGUCCUGGAAUUCGACAACAAGCGCAACUACUUCACUCGUCGUGUGCACUCUCGUGGCGCCGAGCCUCGCCACCCCCAUCCUCCUCUUCAGCUAUCUGUGCGCAGAGCUGAAGUCUUCCUUGACUCUUUCAAGUCCUUGUACUUCAAGAAUGCGGAGGAGUUGAAGUAUGGCAAAUUGAAUGUACGAUUCCACGGCGAGGAGGGUGUUGAUGCCGGUGGUGUCACCCGAGAGUGGUUCCAAGUCCUCGCCCGUGGCAUGUUCAACCCCAACUAUGCCUUGUUCAUCCCUGUUGCUGCCGAUCGAACUACAUUCCACCCCAACCGACUCAGUGGCGUCAACUCCGAACAUCUCAUGUUCUUCAAAUUCAUUGGACGAAUCAUCGGUAAGGCCUUGUAUGAAGGCCGUGUUCUCGACUGCCACUUCAGCCGAGUAGUCUACAAGAAUAUGCUCGGACGAACCGUGUCUAUUAAAGAUAUGGAAACCCUCGACCUAGACUACUACAAAUCACUCCUCUGGAUGCUGGAGAAUGACAUUACCGACAUCAUCACCGAGACUUUCUCCAUUGAAACCGAUGACUUUGGCGAGAAGCAGGUCAUCGACCUGAAGCCCGGCGGUCAAGACAUUCCCGUUACACAAGAGAACAAGGAAGAGUACGUCCAGCGUGUGGUUGAAUAUCGCCUGGUCGAGUCAGUCCGCGAACAAUUGGAUAACUUCCUCAUGGGCUUCCACGAGAUCAUUCCUCCCGACCUUAUUUCCAUUUUCAACGAGCAGGAGCUGGAACUCUUGAUUUCCGGUCUUCCUGAGAUCGACGUGGAUGAGUGGAAGAACAACACCGAGUACCACAACUACUCCGCCUCCUCUCCGCAGAUCCAGUGGUUCUGGCGUGCUGUCCGUUCAUUUGACAAAGAGGAGCGUGCCAAGCUUCUACAGUUCGUCACUGGAACCAGUAAGGUUCCCCUCAAUGGCUUCAAAGAACUUGAGGGCAUGAACGGUGUGAGCAAAUUCAACAUCCAUCGCGAUUACGGCAACAAGGAUCGCCUUCCCAGCUCGCACACUUGUUUCAACCAGCUUGAUCUUCCCGAGUAUGAAAGUUAUGAGGAUCUCCGACACCGCCUUUACACGGCCAUGACUGCUGGCAGUGAAUACUUCGGGUUUGCCUAG